GAGGAUAGAGGUAGUGGCGGUAAGGACAAGCCUAGGGUUCCCACAGCUGAGCCGAAGUACUCUAAGGCGGCGCGGAGAUUUUACAAUGAGCGAUUCCGUGAGCCUCCGCAGCGGCUCGCGAAAGUGCUGGCGGCUGCCGGAGUGGCUUGAUGGCAUCUAGGAGAAGUAGCGAGGAGCUGAUUUUUCAAGGGAAGGUGACUGUAAACGGCUCCGUUUGCAACACACCGCAGACUAGAGUAGAUCCUGCUAAAGAUAUUAUUUACGUUAAUGGAGGCCGUCUGGCGAAGAAGCUUCCUCCUAAGGUCUAUUUUGCCCUGAACAAGCCAAAAGGUUAUAUAUGCUCAGCAGGAGAGAAAGAGACGAAGUCUGCACUCUCUCUGUUUGAUGAUUUUAUGAAGACCUGGACUAAAAGGAACCCUGGAACACCAAAGCCUAGACUUUUUACGGUUGGCCGCCUUGAUGUUAACACAACUGGGUUAAUUAUAGUGACAAAUGAUGGUGAGUUUGCCAAUCAGAUUUCACAUCCUUCGUCCAAUUUAUCCAAGGAAUACAUUGCAUCUAUUAGUGGUGCGGUCAGUAAGCGGCAAUUGAUUGCCAUUAGUGAGGGAGCAGUUGUAGAAGGUGUCCAUUGUACCCCUGAUCUGGUGGAGUUGCUACCACGACAGCCAGAUAUUCCGAGAGCUCGGCUUCGCAUUGUGGUUCACGAAGGAAGAAAUCACGAAGUGAGAGAACUUGUAAAAAAUGCUGGACUUCAGAUGCAUUCCCUGAAGCGUGUGCGUAUAGGCGCUUUCAGGCUUCCAACAGAUCUUGGACUGGGCAAGCAUCAAGAACUAAAUGCAGCUAGUUUGAGAGCACUCGGCUGGAAGACCUAAAGACGUUGCUCACGAAUGGCGAUACGAAGAUGACAUUAUCAAUCCAGUCACCACGUAGAGUCUAUGCUUGUUUGAAAUCAAGAAUUUUUUUACCAGAGAAGGUCGAUUUUAAAGGGAAUGUGCUGGUAGAAUUUAAAAUCAGUUUUUCUGUCUUGUAUAGUUUACUGCACUUGCAUUGCAGAAAUGUUGCAGUGUCAAACCACGACUGCCACGUUAGAUAGGGUUGUAAAUGAGUCGAGCUAUUUCGUUCGGUGAUGUUCAGUUGCUCAAAAUUAACUUGUCACGUGAUAGUGCGAGAUUGAAUCAAUCUAUGAUUACCCGAUAAUAAUUUUGUUA